AUGAAGCAAAAUAAAGCAAAAAUCACCGAUGAACAAGAGCGCAUCGUGACAGCGGGCGGCAGCAUCGUGACGUCGGGCGAGCUGCGCGAGCGACAUCGCCAGACGACGGCGACGCGCAGCGGCAGCUGCGCCAGCGGACGUCUGAUCGACGACGACCUCGACGACCUCGACGAGACCCGCAGCGGCGGCGGUGUAUUCUCCUCGCGCCAGAGCUUCAUCGAUCUCGUCAGCAGCAAGAUCAUCUCCAACACUCGCACGCCCACGCACUUUUACCAUCAUCAGCCCCAGCUGCAGGGCGGCGUCGGCGAGCAGCAGUACUUCAGUACGUCGCGCGACUCACUGCACCAUCAGCAGGCCUACGUGAAUCGGGGCGCGAGCGAGCUCGACCUCAGCAGUCGCGGCGGCGGCGGCAAGGACAAGGCGGCCCGCCAGCUCGGCAUCAAGGACUCGCGUGUGGCCGCGGCGUCUUCUAAGGCCGCUGCGGCGGCGGCCCGCUCGAAUUUCAAGCUGGCCAACUGCAACACCGGCAUGCAGACCAACAACUGCGUGCUGAACUCGAGCGGCGCGAUGAUGAACACGGCGACGACGACGACCACGAUGACGACGAUACCGUCGCGCGAGAUGACCCCGUCGCAUCUGUCCGUCACGCCGUCGUCCAUCAAUCAUCUGGUGGGCAACAGCGCCUGCAACGGCACCGAGACCCGCUACUCGUAUCAGCAGCAGCAGCAGCAGCGCGGCAGCCGCGGCUAUCCGGGCCAGUCGGGCCAGCGGGGCUUUCGCACGGGCGCGCCCAACUGGUCGUUCGUGUUCGACCCGGCGGGCCGGCUGUGCUACUACUGGUCCAUGGUCGUGUCGCUGGCCUUCCUCUACAACUUCUGGGUCAUCAUCUACCGGUUCGCCUUUCAAGAGAUCAACGGCGAAACGAUAGUCGUGUGGUUCUGCCUGGACUACCUGUCGGACUUUCUCUACGUGGCCGACAUAGUCUUUCACUUUCGCACGGGCUACCUCGAGGACGGCGUGCUGCAGACGGACGCGACCAAGCUCAGCCAGCACUACAUGAACAGCACGACCUUUUACAUUGACUGCUUGUGCCUGCUGCCGCUCGACUUUUUGUACUUAUCGAUAGGAUUUAACAGUAUACUCAGGAGCUUUAGACUCGUUAAGAUUUACCGAUUUUGGGCGUUCAUGGACAGGACCGAGCGACACACGAAUUAUCCGAAUCUGUUUCGCUCGACCUCGCUGAUCCAUUACUUACUGGUGAUCUUUCACUGGAACGGGUGCCUCUAUCACAUUAUUUAUAAGAAUAACGGUUUCGGGAGCAAGGACUGGGUGUUCGCCGACUCCGAGACGGCCGACGUCGUCAAGCAGUACCUGCAGAGCUACUACUGGUGCACGCUGGCCCUGACGACCAUCGGCGAUCUGCCCAGGCCGAGGACUAAGGGCGAGUAUCUGUUCGUGAUAGCGCAGCUGCUGUUCGGCCUGCUGCUGUUCGCCACUGUGCUCGGCCACGUGGCCAAUAUCGUCACGUCGGUGAGCGCUGCCAGAAAGGAGUUUCAGGCCAAACUCGACGGCGUCAAGACCUACAUGAGAAUGAGGCGCGUGCCGAAUCAUCUGCAAGUCAAGGUCAUCAAGUGGUUCGAUUAUCUCUGGCUGACGCAAAAGUGCUCGGACGAGGAGAAAGCCGUCAGCUGUUUGCCAGACAAACUGAAAGCGGAAAUAGCGAUAAACGUACACUUGGACACGCUCAAGAGGGUCGAGAUAUUCCAGAACACGGAGGCUGGUUUUCUGUGCGAGCUGGUAUUGAGGCUGCGCCCAGUGCUCUUUUCACCUGGCGACUACAUAUGCCGGAAAGGCGAAGUCGGCAAGGAGAUGUACAUAGUGAAUCGCGGCAGGCUGCAGGUGGUCGCCGACAACGGCAAGACCGUGCUCGCGACCCUCAAGGCCGGCUCGUACUUCGGCGAGAUCAGCAUACUCAAUAUGGGGACUGCAGGUAAAGAGUGCGGUAACCGGAGAACAGCCAGCGUCAGGUCGGUCGGCUACUCCGAUCUCUUCGUGCUGAGCAAGAAGGACAUGUGGGACGUGCUGAAGGAGUAUCCGGCCGCGCGGGUCCGACUCGAGGCGAUAGCCGUGAAGAGGCUCGAAAAGUACAAGAGGGCACCGCUGGAGAAGGCGGCGAUGGGCAGAUGCAUGAGCACACCUGGACUGGUAGAGUCGCGCGGCCGCAUACCGCUCGAGGAGAUGAUGGUGUCGACCCUCGACGUGCACGCCACCGGCGUCGGCGGCGGACCUCCUCUCUCCGCCUCGUCGGCCUUCUCGCCGAAUCCCAGUCCGCUGGGCUCGAGAUCGGUGGGCCACCAGCCACUGCUGUCCUCGGUUCAGCAUCAGCCCAGCCUGCUGCGCAACAACCUGACGACGACGACGACGACGAUGACGACGCCGGCUCACCACGUGACGCUGACAGACACGCCGAGAUCGGUUGCGGCGAUGGCAGGGGGUCAUCACGGAACCGGCGGUGGUGGUGGUGGCUUGAGAAACGCCGCCGGCGUUUUAGGCGACAGUCCGACCAGUCCUGCGAGUAGCGUGCACAGUAGCGAGGAUCCGAAUCAUAGAUUACAGCAGGCAGCCGCCGCCUCGACCGCUCGACACUCGGGCAUCGCUUACAACAGCACGACGCAGCUUCUGAGCAGCGCGUCGGUGGCCGAGGGAGGCACCACUCCCGUCCAGCAACAGCAGCAACAACAGCAGCAACUGUCUCAAGCCGCGGGCGCCUACGGUGCCGAGCCUCUGCUCGCCGAGAUCAAGCGUCUGCGCGACCGUCUGGUCUGUCUCGAGGCCGAGAACGCCUCGAUGAGCCUCAAGCUCAAUCAGAAGCAGUACGAGGUCGAGAGCCGCCUGGCCGAGAUCGAGAUGCAGAUCUGCGGCGGCAGCUCGACCUCCAGCAUCGAGGACAACGAGCGCAAUCGCGAGAGCAUCAUUUAACGAGAGACCGGGCCGCGUGCGGAGGAGCGCGGCGCCUGCAGCAACAACGACAACGGCAACGGCAACAACCUGGUGGCGGCGACGGCCCGGGGUCAGGCGCGGCUCGACCGUAUACGGCGAUACCUGCACGACCAGACGAAAGAAGAGCAGAGUAAACGCGAAUCAUUGGCGCACGCAGCGGACGCCGACAGCAAGUCGAUCGGCAGCCUCAGCCAGAGGCUCUUCGACAGCGACGACGACGACGAGGACGAGUGUCCGACCAACGAGGCGCUGCUUCUCGGCCUGUACGAUCAUCAUCAUCAUCAUCCUCAUCAUCGUCGAGAGUCCAGUGCGUUGUUGGGCAGCAAAGCCAAUCUACUGCUGUGCAGCGAGUGCGACGUUCCAGGAGCGACGAAGACGACUACGACGACGACCAAUAAGCCCGGACUGCUGAUGACGCCCGGCCGUUAUCACAUCGACAAGCAGCAGCAGCAGCGCUACCAGGCCGGCGGUCGGAAGCGCCGAUUGCAAGACCUGCACA